ACUGUUUUUGAGUCACAAUCCUAUCAUCUAUUGACGGAGGGAUUACGAUAUAUGUAAUAACACUCACUAAAGUGGAAUCACCGUACGGUUCCUUAUUUUCUAAUCAUGGAAAUCGACGGCUUCGUCUACGAAACCCUAAGCCCGCUCUCCGACCCUGCCGCCGACCAACAACCGGCACCAAUCUCCGACGACUCAGAACCCUACGUCGUGUUCCGCCACCAAAUUUCUCUCUCUACGAACCAAUUUCCAUCGCCGGAAACCGCCGCGCCGGACUUUUUCUCUCUGGACGUCGGUGCCGAUCACGAGGAACUGAAAGAGUUUUUGGUUUCGACUCCGUUGCCAGCUGCAAGUCCGGCGCCGACUCGAGAGCUCGAGCCGACGCUUGAGAGCGGUUGGUUUCGAGCCAAUUGUCGGUUCAAAAGCCCUAUGCUUCAGCUCCAUAAAGAGAUAUUGGACUUCUGUGAAUUUCUUUCACCAACUCCAGAAGAGCAAGCAUCACGCAAUCAAGCAGUAGAAUGUGUCUUUGAUGUCAUCAGAUAUAUAUGGCCAAACUGCAAGGUAGAGGUUUUUGGGUCGUUCAGGACAGGGCUUUAUCUUCCAACUAGUGAUAUUGAUGUAGUGAUUCUGGGGUCAGAUAUCAGAACUCCCCAAAUGGGCUUACAAGCCCUUUCUAGAGCUCUAUCACAAAGGGGCAUUGCAAAGAAGAUACAGGUGAUUGCUAAGGCACGCAUACCAAUCAUAAAAUUUGUAGAGAAGAGAAGUGGAUUUUCAUUUGAUAUAAGUUUUGAUGUGGAAAACGGACCAAAAGCUGCUGAGUUUAUACAGGAUGCCAUAAAUAAGUGGCCCCCGUUACGUCCAUUGUGUUUGAUCUUGAAAGUUUUUCUACAACAAAGGGAGCUGAAUGAGGUCUAUUCCGGUGGAAUUGGUUCUUUCGCACUCCUUGCAAUGCUCAUGGCAAUGAUGAGGAAUCUAAAUGACUGCCAAGCUUCUCCAGAAUAUAACCUGGGAGUCCUUUUGGUGAACUUUUUUGAUAUAUAUGGACGCAAAUUGAACACAUCCACUGUCGGUGUGUCUUGCAAAGGAUCAGGCACCUUCUUCUUGAAGAGUAGCAAAGGAUUUUCAACUAAAGGACGGCAAAUUCUUAUCUCCAUCGAGGACCCACAGGCACCAGAGAACGACAUUGGGAAGAGCUCCUUCAAUUAUUUACAGGUUAAAUCCGCUUUCGCAAUGGCUCUCUCAACAUUGACAAAUGCAAAGACCAUCUUGGGCCUAGGCCCCAACAGGAGCAUUCUGGGUACCAUAAUAAGACCGGAUCCAAUACUAUUGAAACGAAAAGGAGGGUCUAAUGGGGAUAUGACCUUUAGUAACUUGCUCCCUGGAGCAGGAGAGCCAUUGCGGCAGCAAUACGACGAUGAGCAGGAUAUUUAUUGCAACUGGCAAUUAAAUGAUGAAGAAGAACCACUGCCCCGAGGAAAUGGGAUUGCUGACUAUAGUAAUGCAGAGUCCUCUAGAAACAAGAGGAAAAUGUACACGGAGAAGCAUUUUUCUAAGGUGCAAGAAAAUGAGGAGGUAGUUGAGGGAAGGCAUGAAGAAAGUGAAUCAAAUAAGAAGCAGCGCAUGACGAAGAGACAACGUCGGAGACAAAAUCAGAAUGGAGGUCACAGCAAUGGUUUCAGUCAUGUUGGAAAUUCAUCAGGCCACACGUGUUAAGCAUAUGUUCAUAGGUAUACGUAUGUGGUGGAUUUGCUACAAUGCCAGACAUUCCACCCAAGUAUCUGGUAUGGGUUUAAUUCCUAUAUAUAAUUGUUUAUUUGGUCAUUGUAAAUUAUUAGUGAACAAUGCUCUCAAGAGAGCCCCUCACCAUGUGCUCUCCAUUUUAACCAAUCAAUUGAAAGAUGCAUUAAAUGAUUCA